GAGUAAGAGCCGAACAACAAGCUCGAGCCGCCGUAGCAACAACGUCCAGACUGUCGUUGCACUCUAACCGUACAGUUGUCCAUCAAACUAACAAACUACAGCUAUUUAACGGCUGACAAAAACAAGAAGUAUGAAGGAACAGACGCGGUUUUUCCUUUGGCUGCAACUUUUUACAGCUUGUCUGGUGUUUGGGGUAAACGGUGAUUUCUGUGAGGUGAACGUGUGCACUAAUGGUGGGACCUGUGUGACCGGGGCAGGGUCUCCAUUCAUCUGCAUCUGUCCUGAUGGCUUCUCUGGAGAAACCUGCAAUGAGACUGAGUCUGGACCUUGCAACCCCAAUCCAUGUAAGAAUGAUGCCAUCUGUGAGGUGACGGGCCACUCCCGCCGAGGUGAUGUCUUCAGCGAGUAUGUCUGCAAAUGCCAGCCAGGCUUUGAUGGAGUUCACUGCCAGAACAGUGUCCAAGGUGCAGAUUUAAAUUCAAAGAAAGAUGUAAAUGACUGCGCUGGACAGCCAUGUGAGAAUGGCGGUACCUGCAGAGACCUGGAUGGAGAUUUCAAAUGCCACUGCCCUUCCCCUUAUGUAGGAAAACACUGCCAACUUCGCUGUAUUUCUCUUCUCGGCAUGGAGGGAGGGGGCAUUGCCGAGUCACAGAUCUCAGCCUCAUCAGUCCGCUACAGCCUACUGGGCCUGCAGCGCUGGGGCUCUGAGCUUGCCCGCCUCCACAACAAGGGACUGGUUAAUGCCUGGAGUGCUGCUGCACAUGACAAGAACCCAUGGAUACAAAUCAACAUGCAAAGAAAGAUGCGCUUCACAGGAAUUGUGACACAGGGCGCCAGUCGCAUGGGCACAGCUGAGUUUAUCAAGGCCUUCAAGGUGGCCUCCAGCCUGGACGGCAGGACAUACACCAUGUACAGAACAGAUGGACAGAGAAAAGACUAUAUUUUUGUGGGGAACAUGGACAAUGACGGCACCAAGACUAACAUUUUUGACCCCCCGAUCAUUGCCCAGUACAUCCGCAUCAUUCCCGUUGUGUGUCGUAAGGCUUGCACUCUGCGCAUGGAGCUGGUGGGCUGUGAACUCAACGUGUAUUCAAACGCUUCAGGUUGUUCAGAGCCAAUGGGCAUGAAGUCCAGAUUGGUGUCUGAUCGCCAGAUUACAGCCUCCAGCACCUUCCGCACCUGGGGCAUUGAGGCCUUCACCUGGCACCCUCACUACGCCCGGCUGGACAAACAGGGCAAGACCAACGCCUGGACUGCUGCUACCAACAACCGAUCUGAGUGGAUACAGGUUGACCUUCAGUCUACCAAGAGGAUCACAGGAAUCAUCACACAGGGAGCCAAAGACUUUGGCUCUGUCCAGUUUGUCACAGCCUUCAAAGUCGCCCACAGUGAUGAUGGACAGUUGUGGACCAUAGUUAAGGACGAGACCACAAAGACAGACAAGAUUUUCCCAGGCAACAGCGACAACAACGUUCACAAAAAGAACAUCUUUGAGCCGCCGUUCUACGCCCGAUAUGUCCGCAUCCUGCCGUGGGAGUGGCAUGACCACAUCACCCUGCGAAUGGAGCUUCUGGGCUGUGACGAGUAGCGUUGCCCCCCCCCUACCUCCUCUUCUCUACCUCCUUCCCCUCUCUUUGCUUUCCUCCCUUCCCUCUUAAUUCCCUCCUUUCUUUCUCCCUGUUGAGCCACACCUGCACUGCCUUGCUCUCAGCCCUAGAGGGCAGCAAACACCAGAGUAGCACACCAUGACCUAAACCCUGGCUGGCCGGAGGUGGGAGUUGUUGCCCCUAACCAGUGUUACCAGAAGUCCAUGUGUGCCCUCUGUUUUUGUUUCCUGAACUGAUCAUUCAUCUUUUCCACCUGAACCAAAUCUGGGAUCUUUUCAGGAAGCAGAUCUAUGGACAGAUAUGAUCCAAUCUAUUGGCAAAAUAUAAAUAAAAUUAUUGUGUCCCUAAUCCCCGUGUUUGAGGUCAGGGGUAACACGACUGCUGCUGUACCAGUUGGUGCUACCUGGACUCUGAUCUUAAAUCUGUUCUUUGUGGAACAUGGAACCUCCGAGACCCACAGCUGGUGAUGUAUAUACGCUCCAUUAAAACAGCUUGCACAUAUCCUUUAAAUGAACCCUUGAGCUCCCCUGAAGAAACACAGAAUAUAUAUUAUCUUUUGAAGUUACACUGAGGGUUAUGGACAAAACUUAAUCUGAACAUAAUAUCUAAUAAUUAAUAUAUGAUUAACAUAUUGGCAAAUAACCAGAUUUUUUUUAAUGUAUUUUUAUUUGAAAAAACGACCAAAUUUACUCACAACAAACUAAAAGCUUGUAAUAUUUUAUUUUGCUUGGCAAAAAAAAAAAUAUGUGAGACUGGAAAUCUCAAGGUCAGUCUUAGAGUAGUACUAGUCUUUCUCACCAGUGGUUUAAAGAGUUAAAUUCUUGGUUUGUUACCUUUUGUUCCUUUUCAGGGCUGCUUUAAGAUGUUUAAUAUCUAUUUAAUAUCUAGUUCCAAGCUUUAGUAUAGCAGCCACUAACAGAAUAGUGUUCCUUUUUUGUACAACAGUAAAUUCUUGACCUGGAUGCUUCAAAUAAAGAUGCAAUCCACACAUAUUUUUUUGCCAGCACAUCCUCAGGUUGUUGUUGUAUUUAUAAAAAUCUAGUAUAUGGUGCACUGGUGCUGACACACAGAACAGAAAGAGGAAUCAAAUGUGUUUAAGUCUCCAUCAUUACAAACCUAUAGAGUCACUUCGCUUGUGAUCUAAAAUACCUGAGGAGACACCCGGGAUCAGAUAUUUUAAACAAAAGACAGCAGGUUUAAGAUAAUUAAGAGGUAAUUAAUAUAUGAAAGACAAAAACAACACUUUUUUCUUUAUUUGCAAAUCAUUCAAACACAUGCUGCAGUCAUUAGAGGGGAUACAAUUUUUCAAAACAUUUAAGAUCACUCAGAAAAUGUUUUUUGUUUUUUUACAGUUAUUGCAGUCUUUCAUGUGUUAUUAGCUAUAGCAGAUAUAUUUUACUUUUAUAAAGUCACAUUUGUGUUCUGGUUAUAAAAGUCUCAAAUCUGGACCCCCUACUCAACUUAUGUUUUACUGAAAUAACAGUAUUAAAUCUGUAAAUAUAUGUAUUACCAGAUGCAAGCCUAAAACUAAACGGAUGUCGUCUCAGGUCAAGGUAGAUCUGCUCCAAAUAUUCACACAGUUUCACUUUUUUAUGGCACUUUUAUGUUCGUGUUUUGAAAGUAUUAAAAACCAAAAAAAAAACUGUGCUGUGCAUUGAAGAACAAACAUAGAUUUUGCUGUUAUGUGUAUAGGUAAGCAGCAGAGAAAUCAAGUUUGCAGUUCAGUGUCUGUUGGAUUAAACUGAGUUUUGAAAGUGGUGUGUGUGCGUGUGUAGGGGGGAAGGGGUUUGGGUUUAACAUUCAUAUACGCAGUACGUUUGUACUGGGAUCUGCCUGGAUUGGUAGACGCUAAUGUUUGCAGCAGAUCAUUUACUUUGGGUCCAGCAUUAUGCCUCCAGUUCAAAGCUGCAGCCCUGCUGAUAAGAUACCAAAUUAAAGCUGAUUUUAACGCUUCCACUGGACAUGACACAAGCCUCCAUAUCAUCAGCUUUCUGCCACCCUGUCACAGUAUUCUAAACCUUUCCACCCCAUGAAUUAUGAAUUAUGGGCUUGUGCAAUAUUAUACUGUGUUAGUUUUGAUGACAAUAAAUAUUAAUUCAGGAUCCCUAAAAAAUGCAUGAGGGGACAGCAGUGCCACUGAGAGGUCGCGGAUAGAUGUCGGUGUCAAACACUGUACAGUAUUUAUUAUCGGCGCAGAUGAUUCCAGGCAGCAGGCAGCCCUCUUAGCCACGUCUGCAUGCGUUUUAUUGGUUAAUAGUUGCUCAGUUUAAGUUUCCACUUUACUGGUGACAUUUUUUCUAGAUAGUCAUCAGCAUUGAAGUUAUAGAUAUCUUGUUCCCCUGUUCUGGCUUUUUUUUCUGAUUGAUCAAAAAGAAACUGAUGAUAUUGAUGUGUUUUAUGUAUUAUGAGUUACUGACUGUUGACCUCUGAAUUUUGGCUGGUUUUGAAGCUUUUAAAAAAAAAAAAAAUUAUUAUUCCAGUCUUGUGUUUCUAAGAGGACCUUGUGUUUGGCCUUUGUAUCUUUUAAAAUGAACGAAUAAAUAAAGAAAACUGAAAAACUGUCA